AUGAAGCAGUUUAAGAGAAAGACAUUGACAAACCAAUUGCGUAUCAAGAACUAUGUCAAGGGUAUCAAAGAAGAGGCAAAGAAUCUACAAGAAGAUCAAGAUGAACUUCGCGAGGAAGUAGGAAACAUCUUUUACAGCCUGGAAGAUGAGAUGAGCCUAUUGGAUGACGAUAUGGAUGUUAGGCUGUCCAAUGUAGAGAGCCGCGUGUUUGAUUUGAUUGAAGCAAAGCUCAAGGCAGAGAGAAGAAAGAGAUGGUGCAGAAAGAGCAUUCGUAUUAUUUAG